GUCUCAAUCUUCAUAACCAAAUCACAAGACACAACAGAACAAAAGAAUCUGGAUGUUACCCAGUUUAAUUGUCAAGAAAAUAGUAAACCCAUCAUCACUCAUUCUCUUCUUUAUGCUCAAAAAAGCUCUGUUCUUUUCAGUUUCACACACAUAUAUAUAGUAUAAGCUUAACCCUCACUUGUUAUUUUAAUACACAACAAGGGUCUGAUAGUUUUUGAGACCCAUUUGCAAGAACAAUUGAUAUACCUAAUUUGAAUACGAUUAGAUCGCUGUAAUGGAUAGCAUUACAUCUCCGAGGAAGAACCAGAGUAGUGGCAAUAACAACAAGAUAGAUGGGUUUGCGUUGAUAAAAUCCAUGUUUUUCAAGAACCCAGAUGCCAUUUCUGGCGCUGCUGAUGCUGCUUUCUCUAAACCCCUCCCCCUUUUCUCCCCUUUUGCCAAUUCUGUCAUCUCUCGCUGUGCCACGAUCCUUCAGAAACCAACUGAGGAGCUGCAGCACUGUUUUGACACCAAGUACCCUGAUAUUGUGAAGGAAUCAUUGAUUUAUGCUAGAAGUUUAUUGGAAUUCUGUUCGUAUCAAGCACUGCACAUAAUGACUAGGCGUCCAAAUUAUUUGGCUGACAAAGAUUUUCGCCGCUUAACAUUUGACAUGAUGCUUGCAUGGGAGGGACCGAGUCCUCAGGAUGAAGAACUAAAGAUCGAAACUGCUUCUAGCAGUAACCAGGAAGCAGAGGAUGACGGGUGGUCACUCUUCUAUUCUAAUGCCAUGAAUAUGGCUGUUCAGGUUGAUGACAAAAAAACUGUAGGACUGGAGGCUUUUGCACGGAUUGCCCCUGCCUGUACAGUUGUUGCAGAUGUAAUCACUGUUCACAAUCUCUUUGAUGUUCUGACUACAUCUUCAGGCCAUAGACUUCAUUUUCUUAUUUACGACAAGUACAUUCGCAGCCUGGAAAAGGUGAUAAAAUCUACUGCUACUGCAAAUACAUCUUCGUUGGUAUCCAGCCUUCAGCUUACUGAGGGUGAAAUUAUUUUAGAUAUUGAUGGCACUGUUCCAACUCAAGCAAUUUUUCAGCAUAUUGGGAUAUCUGCAUGGCCUGGACGUCUGACAUUGACUACUCAUGCUUUGUACUUCGAGUCUCUGGGAGUAGGAAUUUAUGAUAAAGCUGCGAAAUAUGAAUUGGCUGUGGACACGAAGCAGGUUAUAAAGCCUGAUCUAACGGGACCACUGGGUGCUCGUCUGUAUGAUAAAGCUGUUAUGUACAAGUCCACAUCAGUGACAGAGCCUGUUUUUUUUGAAUUUACUGAAUUCAAAGGCAGUUCACGGCGGGACUAUUGGUUGGAUAUCUGUCUAGAGAUCCUAUAUGCUCAUAGAUUUAUUAGGAAGUAUAACCUUAAACAGAUUCAGCAGUCUGAAGCACUUGCAAGAGCAGCAUUAGGUAUUCUUCGCUAUCGUGCAGUGAAAGAAGCAUUUCAGAACUUUCCAUCUAACUACAAGACCUUGCUCUGUUUUAAUUUGGCUGAAAGUCUUCCCGGAGGAUAUACAAUAUUGCAGACUCUUUCAAGUCGUUUGUCACUGUUAAAUGCAAGUUCCUCUCAACCUGAUUCAGUAAGAUCUCCAACUGCCAGCAGGCAAAUAAGACACCCGAUUUCACAUUUGACACUUUGUAGACAUGGAAUUAUUUCACGAAAUGAGUUUGGCAUAGAUGAAGAAGAACUGCAGCAAGUUGGAGAUGUUUGCGUUGGUGAGAUAAAUCCUCUAGAAUUGGCUGUGAAGCAGUCAAAACAAGACAUAGGAAGGGCAGAAGCUGCACGAGCAACAGUUGACCAAGUGAAAGUGGAGGGGAUCGAUACCAACCUAGCCGUCAUGAAGGAAAUGCUUCUCCCAAUUCUUGAAUUGUUUAACCAUCUUCAGCGACUUGCUUCCUGGGAAGAACCUGCAAAAUCAACAGUGUUUAUGGUACUGAUGAGCUACAUUAUACUUAAGGGAUGGAUAAAGUAUGUACUGCCAUCGAUCUUUUUAUUUCUUGCAAUUAUGAUGGGUUGGCAUAGGUAUGCUAAGAGAGGGAAAACUUUGGAAGCUUUUAACAUUACAGUUCCCCCUAGUCAAAAUGCAGUUGAGCAGUUGCUGGCUUUGCAGGAUGCUAUAUCUCAAGUUGAAGCUUUAAUUCAAGCUGGAAAUAUAUUUCUUCUUAAAGUUAGAGCUCUUCUUUUAGCUGCAAUUCCACAGGCAACGGAAAGAACUGCCCUAGUGCUAGUCAUCAUGGCACUGGUAUUAGCAUUUGUGCCUGUAAAAUAUCUGAUACUAAUGGGUUUCAAUGAGGCAUAUACAAGGCAAAUGCCCCUGAGAAAGGAAAGCAGUGAGCGAUGGAUGAGACGCAUGAGGGAUUGGUGGUACAGUAUACCUGCAGCUCCAGUCCAGUUGAUUAAACUUGAUGACAAGAAAAAGAAGUAAAUGAUACUACCUGUAUAGACAUUGUAAUUGUAAUAUGAAUGCCCUCCCUCUAAGAACCCUUAAAACAGGGUAUGCUUUAGAAGUAUAUAUCAAGCUUUUAUUUUAAUUUCCAAAUUUGUAGUAAACUGCAGUGUUCUUAUAUGCAAGUCUAUCUAUCUAUCUAU